GGCCGGCCGGGGCGGGCCGUGGGGGACGGGCCGGGGCGGUCCCGGGCGGGCUCGCAGCCUGUGACCCACGGCAGAGACGCGGAGGCCUUCAAGCCGGGAGUGAGGCGGCCCCGGCGGCCGCAGCAUGGACUCGGGUCCCGAGAACUACGAGCUCAACGGCGACCUGAGCUCGGGCUCCCCCGGCUCCCCCGACUCCUCCCCGCCUCGCUGGGGCAGGAGCCGGCCCAUCAACGUGAACCAUUAUGCCAACAAGAAGAGCGCGGCGGAGAGUAUGCUGGACAUCGCACUGCUGAUGGCCAACGCCUCCCAGCUGAAGGCCGUCAUUGAACAGGGCCCCAGCUUUGGCUUCUUCGUCCCCCUGGUGGUCCUCAUCUCUAUUUCGCUUGUGCUGCAGAUUGGCGUGGGUGUGCUGCUCAUCUUCCUGGUCAGGUAUGACCUCAACAACCCGGCCAAGCAUGCCAAGCUGGACUUCCUCAACAACCUGGCCACCGGCCUGGUCUUCAUCAUCGUCGUAGUCAACAUCUUCAUCACUGCCUUUGGUGUCCAGAAGCCCGUGAUGGAUGUGGCAUCCCGGCAGUAGGGCUCAGAUACCCCAGAUUGUGCCCAGCCACAGCCACACAAACUUCAGAAGCUGCCUCAUCUUUGGUGCCCACCUCCCUGCGUGGCAUUCCCUGAAACUGCCAGAGCCCAGGACUGGACUGGAGGCCACGUGGGCCGGCCUGGGGACUGUUCCAUCCUCGGCUGCUCCUCCUCCUGUAGGAGGGGGCAGCAAGGCCCAGAAGGCAGAACUGGAGAUCCCCAAGAAGGGUAGUGGUCAACACGGACACGCGGGAGGCCCAAGGAUAGGCAGCAAGGGGCCAGGGUCGGCCUCAGUCUCAGAAUGUUUCCAGAGGGACGAGAAUAAGCCCCCCCUUAGCCGACACACCCCCUGGGGGACCCAUCGCCUCUAUACUUCCUGACCCAGGAGACUGGACCUCCAGCUCCUCUCUUGGCCCCCCACUGUGGCUGUGGGCCCUGCAGAUGCCUCCACUAGCAGUGACUAGGCAGGGGCCUGGGACCUGAGGCCCCACUUUUCUAAGCAUGAAUGACCAAUAAAGCUGAUGCUCCUGUGCGGCUCCCA